AUGAACGACACAAAUGAUUUGGAUGAUUCGGAUAGUACUUAUCUCUAUACUGCAAGUUUUGAAAUUCUGAUAGUGUUAUUGUUUAUUUUUUCAAUCUACGUUAUCAUCUAUCCGUUCUAUGUAUAUGCCUAUAAAAUCAAUAGAGAAAGGGAUAAGAAGAUGUUACUGUUUCCGACUGUUCAACACUUCUACAAAAUGAUCCAGGUGUCGUAUUCCAUGACUUUCUCUUUUAUCAUUUACCUUGCAUUGGCAUUCUCAUUUAAAGAAAACAUAAUUUUCCGCACAUCUUCAUCGUUCUAUUUUUUUCUAUCUAUGGGCCUAGGGUUGGCCCUCUAUAAUUUGGUCAAGGCAUUCCAUCUAAUAACGUUUCUGCUGGCAACUCAACGAUUCGUAUUCUUUUUCCCAAGCUUAGAAAAACGAGUUGCUGUCUUUCAAAAACAAUUUUUCAUGCAUAUUUGGAUUUUUUAUCUAGUAUUUUCGAUUCCUGAAAUGUCACUGUAUUUUGCCAAUUCAGAUCAUCCCCGAUCGGAAUGGACGAAAUAUGAGUUGUACUCCGCAGUUGCAUUAAGUUGCUAUGUUCUGCAAAUGCUAUCAACAUUAUUAUACAUUGUAAUCAUGAAAAGGGCUAGAAGAAAUCCGUAUGUAACCUCUGGUCAUUACUAUUCGCUGCAGAAGUACAUCUAUUGGCAGACACUGACUACUCUGAUAUUUGAAGCUUUUACGAUGAUUUUUUCUAUUCUACAAGUUUUCAUAGGGUCUUCCUUUAGUGACAUAUUUAUUAUUACUGCAAUUACAAACACAGUUAUAACUCCAUUGACUAUUCAAAUUUCGUAUCUGGGAACUAAAAAAUGGUUUAUAUACCCGUCGGCUAAUUUUAGCUUAAAGAAUUUUAUCAAAGUAGUUUUCUCGAUCAAGUGUUCUUCAACGGUCCGCCCCUGA